UUGGAAACAAAUAGCUAGCGAAUCUAUGUUCCGGCUAUGAGAGGUCAUUCUGGGACUCCACGUCUGUCACAUUUGUUAUUGCUCCUCUGCACCAAGGGGCAAAUUCAAAGCGGAUAUUUAUCUGAGGAAGGCGAUACAGUGGCGAUGCGUGUUCACGUUCAGCGCCGGCGCUGUUAACAAAACUCCCCGGGAAGAAGAUGCCAUCAUCAUUGGCAUUAAAGCACCUUUUUUAGAAUCCAAUAAGUGAGGUGGCCUUAACAAGAAGAAUGGCAGCGCCAGAAGCACACAUUUCUCAGGGCCUGCCAGUGGGAGGAGAUAUCCCAUUAGAACAACAAAAGGGGAAGAAUGACAAUACACGGAGCACUCCAGAUAAAGACGCUCUGGUAGAGCAGAGCAACCAGACCCAGGAUUCCUCUUUGCCCUCGAAUACACCAGGGGGUCAGGGCAGCCAGAAGGAGAUGGAGGAUUCAAAUACUGAAGUAAAAAAGCAGACGGAGCCCUCUGCUGCAGUGAUGGAACAGCCAGACAUUGACCCAGAGGAGAAGGACAACAAUGCCCCUGUGGGGAGCGGUGAGAGAGUCUCUGAAGAGGGAGAUGAAGAGGGAGAUGAAGAGGGAGCUGUAGAGCCCCGGUCCCAGACCCCACCCCUCGUCACAGACCAGAGGGCUACUAAAGAAUGCAAAGAGUCGUCCGUAAAAAAGCAGACGGAGCCCUCUGCUGCAGUGAUGGAACAGCCAGACAUUGACCCAGAGGAGAAGGACCAGGAUUCCUCUUUACUCUCAAAUACAUCAGGGGGUCAGGGGAGCCAGAACUCGGAGGAUUCUAAUACUGAAGUAAAAAAGCAGACGGAGCCCUCUGCUGCAGUGAUGGAACAGCCAGACAUUGACCCAGAGGAGAAGGACAACAAUGCCCCUGUGGGGAGCGGUGAGAGAGUCUCUGAAGAGGGAGAUGAAGAGGGAGAUGAAGAGGGAGCUGUAGAGCCCCGGUCCCAGACCCCACCCCUCGUCACAGACCAGAGGGCUACUAAAGAACGUAAAGAGUCGUCCGGUAAUGUGUCAAAGUUGAUGCUCGCUGGGUUUCUAGCGUUUCUGCUGGCCGUGGCGGUGAAUUUUUUCAGCUCUGAGUCUCUCUCUGAGAAAACCGAUUUCAACCGAACAGAGAUCUUCCUCAGAGAGAUGAAGAAGGUGGAGGCCCAGUUCCCCGGCCAGCGCUCUGAGCUGUGGAGGAGGAGCAGGAUCCACCUGGAGAGGCACCUCCAGACGGCCCAGCCCACAGAGCCAGUCAGCCUGAUGCUGACAGCAGGCCGCAGGGGGGAGAGGACGCUGCACUGCCUUGCCCUGCGCCUGGCCAACGCCGUCUCCUCUGCCCUCAACUCCUCCUCCAUCCUCCACAUCGACGGGGCCAGCAAGACUGGCCAGGACAGCGACCAGGUCAAGCUGGAUAUCGACACCCAGCUGCGGGAUGCCUUCGAGGGGGACCAGCCCGUAGCCGUUGUCUACCGCUUUGAGGAGCUGCCCCCGGGCUCCACGAUCAUAUUCUACCGCUACUGUGACCACGAGAAUGCCGCCUACAAGGAGGCCUUGCUCAUCUUCACCGUGCUGCUGGGGGGCGAGGAGGAGCUGCCAGCCAGCCUGGGACUGAGUGCUGUGGAGGAGAUGGUGGAUGACCACCUCCAGGACAGGUUCCUCUCCUCUGACCAGCCGGCCGCCUAUGACAUGAUGGACCUGGACAAGUUCAGUGGUCUGUGGAGCCGUAUCUCCCACCUGGUCCUGCCGGUGGCAGCAGAGGAGACCAUAGAGCGGAGGGGCUGUGUGUAAAACCCCUGUCUAUUUUUACCGUAACACCUUCUACCAGCCUGGUCCCAGAUCUGUUUGUGCUUUUUGCCAACUUUUCCGUUCUCAGUGCCAUUUUUUGGUAUCACACAAUUCCAUAGGGAGUUGGCCAGCGAGCAGACAGGCCAACCUUCUAAUGCUCUAACCACUGAGCUAUCUAAAACGUAUAUAUCCCCGCAUCCUUCAUAACAUUAUCAUCAUCAUCAUCAUCUUCACAGUUGUGAUGUUUUAAUAAAUGGUCACAGCACACGCAUCCUUCAUAACAUUAUCAUCAUCAUCAUCAUCUUCCCAGUUGUGAUGUUUUAAUGGUGGUCACAGCACACAGGGACAUGAAAGAUUCACGUCAUAAAAAUGUCUGUAGCGGUCGGCAAUAGUAACACUAUUAAGGUUUUGGUAAUGGGGUUGAGCGGUGCUGUGUCGACCACUUGCCACUUUAUUAGUUCAGUCUACUACUAAAGGCAGAGCCAAGAAGAAAAGAAAAAACAUUCAUCCAGAGAGAAACUGCACUAAUGUAAUUAGCGAUCUGGAAGACACAGCAGGGUGUGUAUUAUAUGUACAGCAUGUAUGAGAUUGUGGUUAAUAAUUAUGGAUAUGAUUUAUUAUGAGUGUUUUUACUCAGAUUUGACUCUUUUAAAAAAAGUUAUGUCCUAUUUGAAUUCUUCCUCCUAUAGAUGUCUAUUAAAGAGCAUCCUCUUUGGUGUGUGUAUCAUUCGUUGUUGUUUUGUAACCAGGGGUUUACCUAGUCAGGAAUACUCAGGUUGCCUCACCUGUCAAUGAUUUUGAGAACAAAGAUAUCAAUAAAACAUUGUGCCUUAAAAUAAUAAA